GCGGUCUUGUGGGAAAACCUUUGAUAAUCUGGCAAGCAGCCUGGUCUGCCUUCUCUGGCACUACCGUAUCAGACAAGACGGCCGGGUCAUAGUACGCCUGCAAGAGGAGUAUUUCAAGACGCGGCAAGGUCAUGUCGAGGCUCAGACAAGUGGCAGAUAUAAAUUCGUGCGAUUAUUCGACAUGCAAGAGCGAGCAGCCAAUCAGAAGCGGGCGCACUUGCCCCGCCAAAGGCGAUCGAACGCGCCUUCCCACGCGUCAAGCAACUCACCUCAUUGCACCUCGAGACGUCAGUCGGCGUGAUGGCGACAACGACACCUCUGGUCAUGUCGCAGACCAACGGGCAUGGCCCUGCGAUCGGCGGCCUCUUCGCCGGCAUCGCUUUCUUCCUCGUCCAACGCCUGCCAUUGCGAAGCACAUACAUCGACAAGAUCCAAGCCAACGGCGGUCGCGUAGUGAAACUCGAACAGCAAGCAGACCACAUAGUCGCCGACCAUGUGCGCAAGGACUGUCCGCCUGGCAGCAUUAGCUACACCUUCAUCGACGCCGCCAUCACCAACGCGCAACUGCCUGACCCGGACCAGCACCGUGCGGGCCCGAUAGUGGGAGCGGUGCGGGAGGUGGGAAGCGGGUUUCCAGGCAAGCAGACCAAGACUCCCUUCACCGGAGAGGACGAUCGUGUCCUGUGGCAGUGGGUGGAGCGGGCAAAAGCGCAGGGUGGCAGGGUGAAGGGGAAUGAGAUCUACAAGCAGCUGGAGGAGGUCAAUUCGCGGCAUACCUUUCAGGCGUGGAGGGACCGAUAUAUCAAGAAGCUCAUGGACCGCCCGCCGCCUGCUAUGCAGGUCCGCGUACCCGCGAACCCGCCGCCUAGCCCUCCUACUGCGCCGGAUGAGGAGCCAAUCGCACAAACGCCACGAGCAAAGAAAGGAAAGAAGCGGAAGGCGAAAGCAAUCGAAACGCGGCGGGCGGCAAGGCAGUCCAAAGAGAUUGGGGAGAUGGCUGACGAAGAGCUAGUCAACGGCAACAUCAACGCACUGGAAACCCAAGACAUACUCAACACCGAGACACAAAUACCCGAUCUGGGUGUGCCUCUGCCACCUGACACAGACUCAGAAUCAGAUGACAGCCUACACGAGCUACAAGCCAGCCUUCUGCGCCACCCACCCGCACCAACCCACCAACUCGAACGAGACUCACGCCAUCACCACCCCCACCUCCCUAGACGACUUCAUAACCACCCUCCGCCUCCGCCACUCCGUCCCGGAAUCCACCGUCAUCUCCGCCCUCAAAGCGACGUGUCUCCGCCCGGAGCUCGCCGAACUCGUCGUCCUCGAGCAGAAAGCCGGACGCGGACUCCCGGACGACGUACCCGGUGUUUGGUCCGCGGAGGACGAUAGGAUGGUUGAGGGCGGGAAUGCGCUACUCAUGAAGCGGUUGCUGGUGAAGCAUCGCGAGUGGGCGGAGUUGGAGCGGCGGUUGGAGUUUUUGGGGGAGUGGAGG